AUGGCGGGCCACGACGAUGAGGACAUACCUCCAUGGGCAAUAAAGGAUAUCGUCUAUGUUUCCAUAUUGGGGCCCGUCAUCUUUGCAGCUUUCCUUGAGUGGUUGCUAUGGCUAGCUGCUUUUUUAUAUUGUCUAGGAAAAGUGUUUGUGAAGGCAGAUCAUUGGAGCAUCAAAGUUCUUGCGGUGAUCAUGAUGGUGAUGUUCACGGCAUUUCGAUUAGUUACAAACUCGGUCGGACGGACAAAGCGAAUCAAGGAGGUUCUUGAUGAGCGUACUGCUCCUAAGACUGUCAUUGUGAUGCCUGUGUACAAAGAAGCACCUGACGUAUUAAUAAAAGCCGUCAACUCCGUAGUUGACUGCGACUAUCCACCAUCAUGCAUCCAUGUUUUCCUAUCCUACGACGGAGGUCAAGUCGAUGAGUCGUACCUGACAGUUGCUGCCCAUCUCGGGGUGCCAAUUACCCUCAAAAGUUAUCCGGAAAGCAUUGAUGUCUCAUACAAAGGUGCUAGGAUCACAAUAUCGCGGUUCAAGCAUGGUGGGAAAAGGCAUUGCCAAAAACAGACGUUCAAACUGAUCGACAAGAUUUACGAAAAAUACCUCCAGAGAAAUGACAACCUAUUCGUGUUAUUUAUUGAUUCGGAUUGCAUUCUUGAUCGGGUUUGUCUCCAAAAUUUUAUGUACGACAUGGAAUUGAAACCCGGAAGCAAACGCAAUAUGCUGGCCAUGACUGGCGUCAUUACUUCAACCACUGAGAAGAACACCUUGAUUACCCUACUUCAGGAUAUGGAGUAUAUACAUGGACAGCUAUUCGAGCGGUCUGUCGAAUCUGGAUGCGGAUCGGUCACCUGCCUCCCAGGAGCGCUUACGAUCCUUCGAUUUUCAGCUUUCCGCAAGAUGGCUAAGUACUAUUUCGCAGACAAGGCAGAGCAGUGCGAGGACCUGUUUGACUUCGGCAAAUGCCAUCUUGGUGAAGACCGUUGGCUCACUCAUCUUUUCAUGAUUGGUGCAAAGGAGCGAUACCAAAUUCAGAUGUGUACCAGCGCGUUUUGUAAAACGGAGGCUGUCCAAACCUUCCGAAGUCUGCUAAAGCAGCGAAGACGAUGGUUCCUCGGAUUUAUCACGAAUGAGGUGUGCAUGCUUACCGAUAUUCGUUUGUGGUAUCGAUAUCCCAUGUUAUGUCUUGUACGCUUUAUGCAAAAUACCAUCCGUACUACCGCGUUACUAUUUUUCAUCAUGGUCAUAUCGGUUAUGACUACAUCUAACAAAGUAGAAAACUUGCCUGUGGGGUUUAUUGCAGUGUCGCUGGGUUUAAAUUACCUUCUCAUGCUCUAUUUUGGCGCAAAGCUUCGACGCUACAAGGCGUGGCUUUACCCUUUAAUGUUCAUUCUGAAUCCAUUCUUUAACUGGCUCUAUAUGGUCUAUGGGAUUUUUACAGCUGGUCAGCGGACAUGGGGCGGGCCCAGGGCUGACGCAGCUGCAGCGGAUGAAAACACUACACCGGAACAAGCUGUCGUCAAGGCGAAAGAAACAGGUGACGAACUUAAUAUUAAUGUGGAUACUUUCCGGGUGCUGGCCGAAGGAAAGUCGUCCGUUCCCAUCCAUCCAGCGGAAGUGGUAGAAGGUCGGUUCGCAGCACCGGAUCUACAACCAAACGGAUACUAUUACACCGAGAAUGACAACACGUCUACGAUGACCUUUCCAGACUUCCCGCAGCGGAACCCAGCUGUCGCUCCUCUACCGUUACACCCUCGAGCAUCCUUUGACUCAGACUGGACAAACGGAUCUAAUUCCAUGAUCCACCUACCACGCACAGUGGAGAGUAUUAUGGGAGAAGAGGACCAGAGGAAAGUGCAGCUUGCACGCCAGUCAAGGGUAUGCUCUAGCGUUGGUGUAGAGAUAGGGGAUCUCGAAGAUGGCCGCGACUCGAUGUUGGGCGGGGACUCCAGAUCUGAGAGCCGAGGGCGAUCUAUUUCCAGGGGGAAGAGCCCUGCGUGCUCCUCUACACGGUCUGGAAAGCUAUCUAACUCCGCAGUAGGCGUACUCACCUAUGAUGGGAUGAACAAUGGAGGGAGUGGGAGUCUGAUCCCGCCGGAUACGGGGAUAUUUGAGCCGACGCGGAUGCGGGCGGGGCGGAGUCCGCUGGGGAGGAACAGUCCAGUCCGAGCCGCUGAGGACGGUGUAGCGGAUGCAUCGCCUUCAACUUCACCUUCAUCUGAAAAAAACCAUCAUCAAGAUGAGAAGCAGGAUGAAGGGACAGAACACGCUGAGGCUUCUGGAACGAAGAAGAAGCGGAAACGAUCGCGGCUAGUGAAAAGGUCGCGGGAUCCGGGGGAUAUAGUUUGA